CCCUCAGCGUGCGAGCGUGGCAUUCUUUUCUUCCUGUCGUAGGCUCUCUCUAUUGGCUAUUCCCUCUUGUAGACUUGUGCAGCCUUGCUAGUCUUUAUGCACAGGUUUCUAACCCUAUCGACAGAAAGAGGCUUGAACUAGUAAUCCAGCCCUUGCAUAAGGUGUUUUAUCCCUAGGAUGAGGCUGUAUAGAUACUCGUUCAUUGGGAGGAAAACACGCUACCCUCCCGCGCAAGGGAGGUAUGCCAAUUUCCCCUUAGCCAGACCGACUACUUGAUCUCAGGUGGAUCUCAGCACCACCAAGAGGGGAGCGGGAAUCUUCUCUGCAGCCUUCGACCUAGGAAAAUCAAUUCGCCGGAAAAUAUGCUCUGGACAGCUCCCUCUUGGCAAUCGCUCUAAUAUAAGGCCCACUGAGAUCCACAGGCAAUUCAAUCCAAGUCCUGCCACUGACAUCUUUGCCCACAUCCUGCGUCAACUUCUGCAGGCUUCACGAUGCGUCCCGAGCUGCGCCUCGACCGCAUAGGCGCGACCUACGUAGGUCUCGCCAUUGCUUGGAACAUCACACUGGCGGCUGCAAUGCUUUUCCUUUGGACCCAUCGCCAACAGCCUUCACUGCGGAUGCGAAAGCUGCCACUCAUGUUUGGAGGAGUGCUCUCGCUACACGUGUACGGAAAUCUAUGUAUCAUCGCCUACCCUAUCCGUUUUGUCUUCCCAUGCAAUGUGGAAUUCUGGAUAAUGAGCAUCUAUCUUCCCCUAGGAAUCGCCUUAUUUCAUGCCGCCAAUACCCAGUUCCUGCACCUUGCGAGUCGCCAGAAGCACUUCGCUCACAUCAGCACACUGAAGGAUCACCAGUCAAUUGACGAGGAGAAGGCCCAGCAGGUUUCUAAUAGUCGUUGGAGGAGGAUCGUUGCCGGUGUGGAACGGGCUGACAACGUGGAGCGCACUUUGGUACUCAUUGGCGUCGGGUUGGUGGUUCAGCUUGCACUCACCGUUUUGGUCUUCUUCGGAUCUAGGAAAUUCCAUUCAGGCUACGGUAUCUUUAACUACACCGUGCAAGGCACGGGUAUGGAAGUGCGCAUGAGUUGCGCCAAGGGUUGGGAGUGGUGGCUUUCGAUCGUUUGGCAGCUGUUCUGGUCCUGGAUUUAUGCGCCCUACGUCUUGUGGAAAUCUCGUGGAAUCCGUGACGUCCAUGGUUGGCGGCUGCAGACAAUCUGUUGCUGUCUUGCUGGACUUCCUGCAUCCCCUCUCUGGCUCGCAAGCCUCUACGCCCCUCAGUUUAUCCCCCUGAUCACCGUCUUUCCAGCUCCCACAUGGUUUGCCGUCUGUAUCUUCUUCAUGGAAGUCUUUGCCAUUGGCUUUCCCAUCUUGGAUGUGCUGAAGGGCAACAGCCUUCGUCAAGAGACAUUAGAAGCUAUUGCGAACUGGGAGAAUCGUCAAGCGAAAAGCGGCCUUGAUGGUGAUAGCUCCAUAAAUAGCAGUGCCUAUCACAACACAACACUCAGGUCCACAGGCGACGACACCCUCAACAGCAAGCAAUCUUUCGAAUCACGCAAGUCCGAUAUGCUCACGAUGACCGCGCUAGAGAACGCCCUCAGGACGAACGCUGUCCCCCUUCUGGAGUUUGCUGCUCUCAAGGACUUUUCUGGUGAGAACGUCAGCUUUCUUACCCAUGUUGCAGAUUGGCGACGAUACUGGUUCACACCGAAGUCUUCCACUACAGAACACCGUCGCACGCAGUUCAUUGCUGCCACCCGCAUCUACGCUCAUUUCAUAUCUCUUGAAUUUUCCGAAUUCCCAAUCAACAUAUCAUCCAGAGAGAUGAAGCGGCUUCACAACGUCUUUGAAACAGCCGCCACGCUGCUUUACCGUAGUGGUAGACACUCAUUAGCUUCUUCAACAUCUGACAACGCCACUCCCUUCGACAAUGUUCUGCCUGAUCAGGUACACAAAUCGCCCAACGAUCGCAAGAGCUCAUACAGCUCUACCACCGAGCUACAGUCGAGCGUCAAUCUCGACGCGCUUGGCCGAGCGAACUUUAGAGCGGUAUCGCGCAUGCAAGAUCUCUACGUAGACGAGGUGCUCGCAGACGUCAAGAUUCCUGAAGCGUUCACCGAGAUGGUUUUCGACCCUGCUGAGAGCGAGAUCAAAUACCUCGUCCUAACCAAUACCUGGCCGAAGUUUGUGAACGUCGGACGCGCCAAUAGCCAGUUGAGCAAGGACAUUGACCAAGAGAACGGCAACGUAUGGAUGCGGAAGGUGCUUUGUUCAAAGUAAUCUAGUCGCUCGUUUUGAUACCCUGAGUUGUAUACUAUCUUUUACCUCGCCGUCGGUGGCUGGUUUCUCUAGAGUCCCUUCAUGGCUCCCGCUGGCAGGCAUUGCGGUGAAGCUUCUAUUUAGUGUCGGAUUGUUGUACUAGUGACACACUCCGGCACCACCUUAUCACAUUUAUUUACACUCAUGUCGAGGGCGUUUGUUCUUUCAUCACAUCAAUGCUAGUUCAUCGACCAUAGAUGCGGUGCGAUAAAAGAUAAGUUCUCUAUAUACUCUCAUGUACAAUUCUAUGUAUACUCCCAACGCCGAAACUCAUUGGCAUGUCCAUUUUGAAUCCCCAGACUUAGCGAAGACAGUUUUCAAUAUUUCAACAGCGAC